GCAUCGCUGGUCUCAUCUACUGGAGACUUUCAAUUUUUUGAGUGGAAAAUGUACGCGUUAUUUGAAGCAGUCGACGAUGUAUUUUUCGUGGAAACUUCGGGAAAUUUUUUAAACCUUCGUCAAGCGUGCUCCAUCGAAUCAGCCGCCAUUCAUCACAGUCAAUCGUCAAUUAAAGUGAUGAUUUUAAAGGACACCGACGUUGCUUACGGUUUAACGAAAAUGUAUCCAAAUAUUAAAGUAAAUCGAAUCCAUUUAAAUGAUACCUUCGAAGGAACCCCUUUGAAAACAUGGUUUAGAAGCAAACAAUGGGCAACGAGUAUAUUUAGAACAAACGACAUCAGCGAUGCGUUACGAAUAGUAUUAAUUCGGGAAUUUGGAGGAAUAUAUCUAGAUUUGGAUGUGGUAGUCCUGAAACCUCUUUACAAUAUAAAUAAUUUCGCGAUAAUGCAAGAUAAAGCGACCGUAAAUAAUGCAAUUUUUCGAUUCGAUCAAGGGCAUAACUUCCUAUACAAAUGUUUACAGAAUUUGGAGAAAAGUUACAUGAAGAACAUAUGGGGCUCUAUAGGCCCAAAUCUUUUCACGAAAACUGUAAAGGACUACUGUAAAAUCCAUUCUUUUAGAAAUCUAUCAGCUUUGAAUUGUGAUAUGGACGUUCAACCCGAAAAUGCUGGUUAUCCCAUUCCUUAUUAUAAGUGGAAAGAAUAUUUUCGUCCACCUACCCCUAAAAAUAAACACAUAUUGAAAGAAAGUUACGUCAUUCACGUUUGGAAUGCCAAAAGUAAAAACGAAAUGUUACGGAUUGGUUCCGGAAGCAUUUAUGAAAAUGCUAUGAAAGAAAAUUGUCCCUUUAUAUAUGAAAAAUUAAAAAAUGAAAACUGA